UGACAAUGCUGUCGGUGGGGAAAUGUGUUCUUAUCUUAUGUGCUGCAAUUGCAGUACGCAGCUACCCUAUGUCGGAAACAGAUGUCAUCUUCCAUUUGUAUACCAGGACUAAUCCGACGGUGAGCCAGCCUCUGCUGUCAUCGAUAGCAUCUAUCUCCAUGUCAUCGUUCUCGAACAAUCGCAAGACCAUCAUCACCAUACAUAGCUACGAUGAUGACGUCACUGGAAACUUCAACGCAUUUGUUGUACCAGCUCAUUUAGAUACAGAAGACGUAAACAUAUUGGCGGUAGAUUGGCGACACGGAUCAUUUGCAAACUCUGUUGGAAUUGCCAACGUGCCACAGCUUGGUCAGCUCAUUGCCAACUUCGUCAAUAUCCUGAUCAAUACUUUUGGAUACAGCCCAAGCCUCAUUCGCUUUGUUGGACUUGGUCUCGGCGCACACGCCGCUGGUGUUGCAUCGAGAGGAAUAAAUGGUGUUAUUCCUCAUAUUGUUGCAAUCGACCCAUCUUUAAUCGGCUGGGUAUUCAACUCUCACAAGUUGAACAGUGACGACGCUACUGUAGUUGAAGUUCUUCACGCUACUGCUGGAGUUUACGGCUAUGAUGCACCACUGGGCACUGUUGAUUUUUAUUCCAACGGUGGAGUUGUUCAAGCCGGGUGCGGUUCUGACCCCUCCUGCUCUCAUACCCUUGCAUAUGCUUACUAUGCGGAGUCCAUAAGAGCUAGUGCAAAUAAUGGUCAAAGAUUUCUUGGAACAGCAUGUGACAAUUAUAGCCAAGCUCUUGCAUUGGCGUGCACUGGAGAAAGGGAUGCUUUCUUUGGUGGAACGGAAACGAAGACUGGUGUUUCCGGCGUCUACAUCUUCCUAACGAAUAUACGCCCACCGUUCGCAAGAGGAUAACCGGACACGAAGAUUAUCGGGGAAGACAACAAUUUUAAAUAAAUUAAAAAUAUAUUUCAAGCUGC